UUCCCUCCCGGCUCCGCGCUCCCGCGGCCGCCGCCGCCCCGGGGAAGGAGAGCCGGGGGUGGGGUUUGCAGGGGAACGGGAGAGCAGGGAAAGACCCCGGCUUCCCGGGGAGGAAGGCCGGGGGAGGGGAAGGUGGAGGAGCGGGAGGGAGCGCGGGGAGCAGCGGUCCGGCCUGGGGCCUGGAGGCCCGGGGAGCGCCGGGGAGCCGGCCGGCCGCGGAGGUAAGCAGGGCCGCGGGCGCCGGGCGCGGACAGGGGAGCAGGGCCGGUCUCGCGGUGCCAGCGGCGGGCGAUGGAGAGGCCGGACCCCGGAGCGUGGAUGCUGCUGCUGCUGCUGCUGCUGCUGGCGCCGCUCUUCCUCCGCCCCCUGGGCGCGGGCGGGGCGCAGGCCCCCAACGCCACCUCGGAAGGUUGCCAGAUUAUACACCCGCCCUGGGAAGGGGGCAUCAGGUACCGCGGCCUGACUCGCGACCAGGUGAAGGCCAUCAACUUCCUGCCGGUGGACUACGAGAUCGAGUAUGUGUGCCGGGGGGAGCGCGAGGUGGUGGGGCCCAAGGUGCGCAAGUGCCUGGCCAACGGUUCCUGGACGGAUAUGGACACACCCAGUCGCUGUGUCCGAAUCUGCUCCAAGUCUUAUUUGACCCUGGAAAAUGGGAAGGUUUUCCUGACGGGUGGGGACCUCCCAGCUCUGGAUGGAGCCCGGGUGGAUUUCCGAUGUGACCCCGACUUUCAUCUGGUGGGCAGCUCCCGGAGCAUCUGUAGUCAGGGCCAGUGGAGCACCCCCAAGCCCCACUGCCAGGUGAACCGAACUCCACACUCAGAACGGCGCGCGGUGUACAUCGGGGCGCUGUUUCCCAUGAGCGGGGGCUGGCCGGGGGGCCAGGCCUGCCAGCCCGCGGUGGAGAUGGCGCUGGAGGACGUGAACAGCCGCAGGGACAUCCUGCCGGACUAUGAGCUCAAGCUGAUCCACCACGACAGCAAGUGUGACCCAGGCCAAGCCACCAAGUAUUUAUAUGAACUGCUCUACAAUGACCCCAUCAAGAUCAUCCUCAUGCCAGGCUGUAGCUCUGUCUCCACGCUUGUGGCGGAGGCUGCCCGGAUGUGGAACCUCAUCGUGCUCUCCUAUGGCUCCAGCUCACCAGCCCUGUCCAACCGACAACGUUUCCCCACGUUUUUCCGAACACACCCAUCCGCCACACUCCACAACCCCACCCGGGUGAAACUCUUUGAAAAGUGGGGUUGGAAGAAGAUUGCCACUAUCCAGCAGACCACAGAGGUCUUCACAUCGACUCUGGAUGACCUAGAGGAGCGAGUGAAGGAGGCUGGGAUUGAGAUCACUUUCCGCCAGAGUUUCUUCUCAGAUCCAGCUGUGCCAGUCAAAAACCUGAAGCGCCAGGAUGCCCGAAUCAUCGUGGGACUUUUCUAUGAGACUGAAGCCCGGAAAGUUUUUUGUGAGGUCUACAAGGAGCGGCUCUUUGGGAAGAAGUAUGUCUGGUUCCUCAUCGGUUGGUAUGCUGACAACUGGUUUAAGACCUACGACCCAUCAAUCAACUGUACAGUGGAUGAGAUGACCGAGGCUGUGGAAGGCCACAUCACUACUGAAAUCGUCAUGCUGAAUCCUGCCAACACCCGAAGCAUUUCCAACAUGACAUCCCAGGAAUUUGUGGAGAAACUAACCAAGAGGCUCAAAAGACAUCCUGAGGAGACGGGAGGCUUCCAGGAGGCCCCACUGGCCUAUGAUGCUAUCUGGGCUUUGGCUUUGGCCUUGAACAAGACAUCUGGAGGAGGUGGCCGUUCAGGCGUGCGCCUGGAGGACUUCAACUACAACAACCAGACCAUAACUGACCAAAUCUACCGGGCCAUGAACUCCUCGUCCUUUGAGGGUGUCUCUGGCCAUGUGGUCUUUGAUGCCAGCGGCUCCCGGAUGGCAUGGACGCUUAUUGAGCAACUGCAGGGUGGCAGCUAUAAGAAGAUUGGUUACUACGACAGCACCAAGGAUGAUCUUUCCUGGUCCAAAACAGAUAAGUGGAUCGGAGGGUCCCCCCCAGCUGACCAGACCAUGGUCAUCAAGACAUUCCGCUUCCUGUCACAGAAACUCUUUAUCUCCGUCUCGGUUCUCUCCAGCCUGGGCAUUGUCCUCGCUGUUGUCUGUCUGUCCUUUAACAUCUACAACUCCCACGUCCGUUAUAUCCAGAACUCCCAGCCCAACCUGAACAAUCUGACUGCCGUGGGCUGCUCGCUGGCAUUAGCUGCUGUCUUCCCCCUUGGGCUGGAUGGUUACCACAUCGGGAGGAGCCAGUUCCCUUUUGUCUGCCAGGCCCGUCUCUGGCUCCUGGGCCUGGGCUUUAGUCUGGGCUAUGGCUCCAUGUUCACCAAGAUCUGGUGGGUCCACACAGUCUUCACGAAGAAGGAGGAAAAGAAGGAAUGGAGGAAGACCCUAGAGCCCUGGAAGCUGUAUGCCACGGUGGGCCUGCUGGUGGGCAUGGAUGUCCUGACUCUUGCCAUCUGGCAGAUUGUGGACCCCUUGCACCAAACCAUUGAGACUUUUGCCAAGGAGGAACCAAAGGAAGACAUCGAUGUGUCUAUUCUGCCCCAGCUGGAGCACUGCAGCUCAAAGAAGAUGAAUACAUGGCUGGGCAUUUUCUAUGGCUACAAGGGACUGCUGCUUCUACUGGGAAUCUUUCUUGCUUAUGAGACCAAGAGUGUGUCCACUGAGAAGAUCAACGACCACAGGGCAGUGGGCAUGGCCAUCUACAACGUGGCGGUCCUGUGCCUCAUCACCGCCCCUGUCACCAUGAUUCUCUCCAGCCAGCAAGAUGCAGCCUUUGCCUUCGCAUCUCUGGCCAUCGUGUUCUCCUCCUACAUCACUUUGGUUGUGCUGUUUGUGCCCAAGAUGCGCAGGCUGGUGACCCGAGGGGAAUGGCAGUCCGAGACGCAGGACACCAUGAAGACAGGGUCGUCCACCAACAACAACGAGGAAGAGAAAUCACGGCUGUUGGAGAAGGAGAACCGGGAACUGGAGAAGAUCAUUGCUGAGAAAGAGGAGCGCGUCUCAGAACUGCGCCAUCAGCUCCAGUCUCGACAGCAGCUCCGCUCCAGACGCCACCCCCCAACACCCCCAGACCCCUCUGGGGGCCUUCCCAGGGGACCCUCGGAGCCCCCUGACCGGCUCAGCUGUGAUGGGAGUCGAGUCCAUUUGCUUUACAAGUGAGGGGAUAUCAGGAAGGACCCCGCCAGUAGGGGAGGGAGAGUGUGUGGGAGAGGGUAGGGGUCUGGGAGCAAACAAGGUCCCCAAGUCCAGCUGUGCUAACUCCACCUCUUGUAAAUACCUAUCCUUCUGUGAAUCUGGGGUUAUUUGGGUCUCCAAUAUGCUGGGAAACAGACGGUUUUCUCUCGUAUUCAUUCAUAGAAUUUUCUGUCACCACUUCACAGUUUAGUUUGAACCCUGCUUUAGCUACUCUGUCCUGACUCCCGACAGCUCACCACAUUUUCCUCCCACGACACGCCUCUGUGCAGUUACCACGGCAACCCCUGUCGCUCCCAGCAGCAGGGGUCUCCCCACAAGUGCUCUUUCCACUCCAGCAGGAGCCUCUCCAUUUCCCAGUAGCAGCACCUCCCUCUGUCCUCGUUCUUAACACUGAGCUCCACGUUUUCCUUCUUGGAACGUUGCCUCUUCUGGGGACCCGCACCCCGGCCCACGUGCUCCUUGCCUCCAGGCUGUGCGGGCUCACACUUCCCCUCUCCUGCGUGGUGGGUGUGGUCCUGUGCUUCCUGUGUACUCUGCAUCCACAGUUGUGAGUGCAUGUGGUGUGCUGGGGUAGGCACUCGAUAACCACCUUCCUCACGUGCACACAUCAUGUCUGUUCUGCCUGUGCUCCAGCACACUGUGCACUUUCUUCUUUGGUAUCUUAACAUCAUCAUGUCCCGUCCCCCCUGACCCCCCCCCCUUUUUUUUUUGAGACUGGGUAUUUCUCUGUUGCCUCAGCUGGCCUUGGACUUGUGAGAGUCUUCCUGCCUCAGCCUCCUGAGUGCUGGGAUUACAGUUGUGCACUUGGCUGAGAUAACUAUUCUUCGAACAGAGCCAUGUGCACUCACCCUGUGCACACUUAAGUACUUUCCCCCAGUUCAUGUUUUCUGGGCCGUGCAUCCCCUCUCU